AUGACAAACAGGAUCGAGAACACCAGGCCUCUGUUCAGGAUGAAUCGGCACAUCAGAAUGGCCGGCACUGCCAGGUCUGCCAAGUCAAAGACCCUCUUCCUGCAAUGCCAGUACUCACCCAAGAGAGGGCUCUAUCAGCCCAAAUCCUGGUGUCAGCAGACAUCUCCAAGUCGGUGUACCUUACUUGUCACCAGCUCCAAGCCCCAGACAGCAGUUUAGAAGUCUCAUUACACAAUCUGGGACAAGCCAAAUGCUAGCAUCUUCAAAAUCACCAUGAUUCAGCUGAAGGAGGACUCGGGAUCCUACUGGUGUGAAAUCUACAACACUUCCAAAAACUUCGUCACUGUUCUCAGAGAUGUCAGCCUGGUGGUGUUUGCAGCCCCAACCACGUCUCCUACGUGGACCCUCACCUGGCUCCCAACAAACACAGAUGGGGCCAUCCAGUUGCAGGAAAACAAGCUCAGGGAUUCCACAGAUUCUGCAUUAUGGAAAUCAAGUGCCCCCAUCUGCCUUGGCUCAGCUGGCCCCAAACUCCUGGUCUCUGUGUUGUGUGGACUCCGCCUGACCAAGGGCCUGAUGCUGUGAGUCCUGUUU